AUGGGUGAUACUCCCCUAGAUGCUGCUGCUACCAAUUUAUCGCAAGAACUCAAACCGGUCGAAAUCGCAGCAUGCGAGGCGGAUGACACAGUUGUUGGCGAGGAUGAGGGGUAUGAGCUUGAGGAGCUCAAGGAGGUCGUCCAAAACAUCCUGUGGGAUAUUGUGGACACCAGAAGGCCAUUGCUGCGUCGCCUAAUCAACGCCAAAACAAUCCUAGAAGCGCCUCCUCCGCCACCGCCAAAACAAGGAGCGAGAAAGCCAAAGGUGCCAGAGGUGGAUGGUCAUGCACUUUUCGAGGAAGUAGUCAAGGAGAUUCUGGAAAUUGACGAAGAGCUUGGCAACUUGGACAGAGAGAUACUAGAUGAACAGCUUUUUAUCCUAUGUGACAAUCCACCGCCAGUGCCACCAUCGGAAAUCCAGAUCAUCCUCUUCAGGAAGAAUGAGCAGGUCACAAUGUUUGAGCACCAUGAAAUAAUGUCGCGAUUGUUCUCUUUUCUUGACGUCCAGUCUCUGUUGGAAUUUUCCGAGGCGUCGAAGCUUUGCCGCGAGGCAGUGGACACUUACGCCAGGAAGGCGGCAUACAACCUGCUGCUGCACAGGGGCUCGGUCUGCAGCAACUUGAGCUACUGGCGACAGGUGAUAGAGUUCUUUUUCACUGAAGUGGUGACGCUACAGCCAAUCAGCCGCAGCAACUACCAGCCGAUACAGGCACAACUGCGCAUGAACAAGAACGUCUUCCCUAUAAACACACAGUCCAUGAAAGCGCAUACUCACGUCUCAUUCGACUUCAUAAAACCCCACUACAUUGUGUACUGCGACCAUCAGCGGCCGAUGGCGCACACCUGCGAAGCAUCAAGGGCGCUGGACUGUGACCGCAAGGCGGUGACCAAGGUCAUUACGGCGAACGAGUUCAUCGUAGAGUACUGCAAGCGGCUGGAGGUGCAGGACCCGGAUACUCCAGCGUGGGGAGUGCCCGCUUCCAUGGUCACGCCGGCGUACGUAGCGCUGAUGCUGAAGGUGACCCUAGAUACCAUAGCCCAGUGCAUCACUAAGCACUCCGGCUUGGUCGAGUAUCGCAGGACGGAGUACACCGCCAACGCAACGCACCACAUAACGCACCGCAUUUGGCUCCAGCUGUCCCUCAAGUGGGAUUUCAGAUUCGGCGACGACGCGCAGAACUCGCUCUACUUGAACGUCUUCGAUCACUUCCGGUGGGACGGAUAG